UUUUAGUCUAGUGCUGGUGUUAUUCGAGAGUGCGAUGGCUAAGAUUAUUCUUUGCCUGGCUGUUGUUGUUUUUGUUGCGGAAGCUGGAUUGAUAGCCAACAAAAUUCAUUCACAUUUCCCGUACUUUAAUGCCGUUUAUCAUGGCCACGGUGCUACGAGUUACCAAAAUGUUCAAGUACAAAAUCAUCUGUCGGUACCGAUUCCCAACGAUCUUCAAGUAGAUGACGGUCAUGAGCACAUUCAUGAACACAAAUUUGAGUUAAUUGAUCCUCCAGAUCAUCAAUUUGAUCAUUCGUACAUUUCAUCCGAUGUUUAUGAAGAGCAGCCAUUGCCUUAUCGUUAUCACCCAGAUAAUUACGAGCACUAUGAUAACCUAGACUUCGACUACCAUUAA